AUGGGUAGUUCUAUAGGGCAAGGGGAAAAGACAUUAUCGCUCGGGGAAAAAGAGAGCAAACGCAAUGGAAUCGCUGCGUCGCCGCAAGUCACCGUCGAUUCGGAUGGGUCACCUCUUCCGUUUCGCAUUAGGAAGCAUAUCCUCACUACGAGACGCGACACAGCGGCACUUCCACGCGACAACCAGACCGCCAAACCUCGAUCGGUAGAUGAAGCGAAGCCAGAAAUACCCACUCCACCCACGGAAAAAGCACCUCCUGUCCCAGAAGCCCCGAGACCCAAAUCCCUCUUCGCAGAGCUCUUCCCCGAGGAAGUGGAGGAGUCGACAUCGCCACUGAGAGGAGAUGACUUGGAGCCAUCCUUUAGCGUCUCUCACAUUUUCGGAGGCUACCCCGACGAGACACCGAAGGCGGUCAUGGUGAUGCGAGGACUGAGUCCGCACCUACAUCUGGACGACUUCCAGCGAUGUGUGCCGGAGGGGAAACACAUUCCGGGAUGGACGAGCCAGGGACAAUUUACCAAAGUUAUUCCCGAACGCCACCCCGUCACCACCGAACGCACCUGCAACUACUACCUCCUCUUCCCCACCUCUGAUGAUCUCCGCGCCUACGAACGCCGCGUCACCGAGCUCCACAAACUCACUGUGCAACACACCCCCACCUCCCUCCUCUCCCGCAUCACCCCGCCCCCGGGCUACCGCAUCAACGACGUCGACAUCCACCACGUCCUGCAGAACUUCACCCUCGUUCCCCCGACGCAGAAGGUGCACAUCCGCGCACUGAACAUGGACACACUGCGGCCGAAUCAGCGGUUUUUCUUGGAGCACGGAGAGACGCAUUAUUUGGUGGCGGCGAGGCGGCGGAAGAUUCCCACCGUGCUGUUCGGCGUGACGGAGGGGCGGCAGCCGAGUCCGAAGACGAUCCUGAAUGCCAUCCGCGACGACGGAGCGCGGCGCGGGGUGCCGUGGGAGUUGGUCGAGGAAGGGGAGAACAUCAGUGCCAUCGACGUGAUGAAGCCGGCGGAAUGGGGUCGGCGACGGGUGACCUCCGCGACAGACGGCGGGGAUGCCGGCGAAAACGAAGGGUGGAGAGCCGGCGGGGAUGAGUUGCAGACGGAGGGUAGACGACACCGGUCGCCAUUAUCGAUCAAGUGGCUCAUCCACUUUAAGACGGAGCGGGAUGCGGUGGGGUUUGCGCGGCGGUGGAAUCGGCGGGCAUUUCCGUGGCCGCAGCGGGCGGGGACGUAUUCGCAGCAGCGGGGGAUGGACGAGCUGCUUUCGCAGGUGACUGCGGAGGCGGUGGUGUAAGAUCCAGAUGUGUCUGUGUAUGUAUGUGUUAGAUACGGUAACUACCAAUUGUAGACUUUCGAACGUU